UCCUUCCCUUGUAACGUUUCUUAUUCCAUCUUCUUCCCUUCAUUCAACGUAAAUGCUUUCUCUUUCUGCCAAAACCAUCACUACUUCUUCCUUGCUUCCUUGUCUUUUCUUCUUUGCGUCCUUGUCUCUUUCAAAGCUGUUUUCAUCGCAUUUUCUGCGACAUCACAAAUUAGGGUUCCAAAAAAUCACGAGAUUAACUUUCACUUCUAUUGAGUUACGUUCAUCAUUCUUCAUGGACAAAGAUACAUCAACUUCUUUUCAAAUUCCUCAGGAAUAUGAAUGUGUGCCAAACUGUGAUGAUGAAUUAAAGCCUAAGAUUGGACAAGUAUUUGACACGUUACAAGAAGGUAAAAUUUUUUACGAAAAAUACGCACUCUCUAUCGGAUUUAGUGUGCGUUCAUCAUCAUCGACUAUAGAUAAAAACGGCGUGAAGCGUUGGAAGUAUUUUGUUUGCUCGAAAGAGGGUUAUUUGCCAAAUAAGACGGAUGAUAAGGAGCAAAGUGAAUCUAUUGUCAAGGCUAAAAGAAGAAGGGCUUUAACAAGAGAAGGAUGCAAUGCAAAUGUUGUUUUUAAAUGGGUGGGGGAAGGUAAGUAUGAGAUAACUCGAUUUCAUGAAAGCCAUACACAUCCACUUGCUUCACCUAUGAAGAGACCGUUUCUAAGGUCUGCAAGGAAAGUGAAUUCAAGUCACAAAAGCUUAUUACUUGCAUGUAGUAGAGCAAAUAUUGGACCUUCAAAAGCUUUCCACUUAUUAAAAGAACAACGUGGGGGUUAUGAAAAUGUUGGAUGCACGCAGAGAGAUCUUCAAAACUAUUCCAGAGAUUUAAAGACUUUGAAUAAAGAUUCUGAUGCACAUGUUUUGAUAGACUACUUUAGAAGGAAGCAAGAAGUUAAUCCAUCCUUUUAUUAUGCGUAUGAGGUAGGUGAAGAAGGCCGACUGAAGCAUGUUUUUUGGGCAGAUGGUAUUUGUAGGAAAAAUUAUUCCUUAUUUGGAGAUGUGGUUUCAUUUGAUACUACAUAUCAAACAAAUAAAUAUCAUUUGAUUUUUGCACCUUUCAUUGGGAUAAACCAUCAUCGACAAUCUAUUACCUUCGGAGUAGGACUUAUAACAAAUGAGAAAAGUGAUUCAUUUGUAUGGUUGUUUGAAAAGUUUUUGGAAGCAAUGGGUGGACAUAAGCCAACACUUAUAAUAACCGAUCAAGAUCCUUCCAUGAAAGUGGCUAUAGAAAAUAUUUUUGAUACUUCUACUCAUAGAUUGUGCAUGUGGCAUAUCAUGAAAAAAGUUUCUGAAAAAGUAGGUGUUUCCACGAACGACAAUGAUGAGUUUAACAGAAGCUUCAAGUCAUGUGUUUGGGGUUCAGAGACACCAAAUGAGUUUGAAGAGAAUUGGGCGUUUUUGAUGACAAGGUUUGAGUUAGAAAAGAAUAAAUGGUUGUUACAUAUGUUUGAUAUUCGAAGCAUGUGGAUCCCAGCAUACUUCAAAGACACUUUUAUGGCUGGGAUAUUGAGAACAACAUCAAGAUCAGAAAGUGAGAAUUCUUUUUAUGGUAAUUUCCUGAAUCCUAAUGUUAACUUGGUUGAAUUUUGGAUGAGGUUUGAUUCAGCAAUAGAAGCGCAACGGCAUAAGGAGUUACUGGCUGAUAAUAACUCAAUUCAUUCUAAACCGAAACUAAAGUUGGAACGUGGUAUAGAGAGGCAUGCAAGAGAUGUGUAUACUCGUGAGAACUUUUAUAUAUUUCAACAUGAAUUAUGGAUUGCAUGCGUGGAUUGUGGGAUUGAAAAUAGGAAAGAUGAAGAUGGGAUGGAAAUAUUUCAUAUAUAUGAUAAUAGUGAGAUCAACGGUAAACUUCGAGAAGUUGUGUAUAACUUGUCCGAUCACAAUGCAAAUUGCUCAUGCAAAAUGUUUCAGGCUGAAGGAAUACCUUGUAGACACAUACUUUGUGUUUUAAAGGGAAAAAAUUUCAAUGAAAUACCAAGUAAGCACAUUGUGAAUAGGUGGACUAAGUUUGCAAACAGAACACCUAUUUUUGACAUAGCUGACAAUGUCUUUGAAGAAGAUAGCAAACUCAUUUCUGAUGUGUGGAACCACUUACAUAGUUGUGUGGAGAAGGCUGGGAAAGAUAAGGAAAGAUUGCUUCUUGUGUUAAAUGGGGCUGUUAACAUGGAAAAACAAUUGGACGAAUUUGAAGGGAGUUCUAAGAGAACAAGGACAGAUGAUUUGAUUCUUGGGUCCAAUAUUCCUGACGAAGUAGAAAUCCUUUCACCACAAUUUGCAAAGACUAAGGGUAGUGGUAAAAGAAUCAAAGGUGGCAAAGAGAAGACUAUUGAACAACAACAAAAAAAAGCAAGACUUUGUAAGGCAUGCGGUGAGUAUGUGCAUCAUGACAGCCGCAAUUGUCCCCAAAGAUCAUCUCCAUAAUUUUGGAUUGGAAGAAUGGCAUAGAAGAAGGAUGAAGGAAGUUAGACAAACCAGAUGAAUAACAUAGAAGAAUGAAUGACACUUCAUGUUCUUUAUGAAAUGAUUUGAAAGUUUAGUUUUGUGAUCAUGUUGGCAUAUUUUUGUAUCAGUAACUUAAAAUUGUGAAUGCAGAAUUUCAAAAAACAAGAUGAAUGAAGCAUUUAGUCUUUACUGAUAGUUUUGUUAAGUCAAGACUUUGAUAAUUUUGUAUGUGUGAAAUACAAGGACAAGUUUAUUUUUGGGGUUAUGCCUUCAGGCAUGUGUAUCUGUUACUUUGCAAGCCUUGUAUGCCGCAGUUUUCACAUGCUGCAGUUUCAAAAAAAUAUGCUGCAGUUUUGUAUGCCGCAAUUUUCACAUGCUGCAGUUUCAAAUG